AUGCUUGAUUGUGCAGUCAAGAUAUGGAAACAUGAAGGUAUAAGUUGUUUCUAUCGAGGCUAUAUUCCCAAUCUACUUGGCAUUCUCCCCUAUGCUGGUAUUGAUCUGUGUAUAUAUGAGACUUUGAAAAAAAUGUAUUUAAGGAGAAAUAAAGGAAGUGAAGAACCAAGCAUAUUUGUGAUAUUGGCCUGUGGUACAACCAGUAGCACAUGUGGCCAACUGACCAGUUACCCACUGGCGUUGGUGAGAACCAGACUUCAAGCACAAGGCAGCAAAUCUCAAACCAUGUCAGGAAUGUUUAAGGAGAUUUUGUUAAAAGAUGGUUUUCAAGGACUUUAUCGUGGGCUUACCCCUAAUUUUAUGAAGGUGGCCCCUGCUGGCAUAGUACCACCAUACACUAUUUCAUUAUCUAUCUGUUCAUAUCUAUCUAUCUAUCUAUCUAUCUCAGUCUGUUCAUAUCUAUCUAUCUAUCUAUCUAUCUAUCUCAGUCUGUUCAUAUCUAUCUAUCUAUCUAUCUAUCUAUCUCAGUCUGUUCAUAUCUAUCUAUCUAUCUAUCUCAGUCUGUUCAUAUCUAUCUAUCUAUCUAUCUAUCUCAGUCUGUUCAUAUCUAUCUAUCUAUCUCAGUCUGUUCAUAUCUAUCUAUCUAUCUAUCUCAGUCUGUUCAUAUCUAUCUAUCUCAUCUGUUCAUAUCUAUCUCAUAUCUAUCUGUUCUAUCUAUCUAUCUCAGUCUGUUCAUAUCUAUCUAUCUAUCUAUCUCAGUCUGUUCAUAUCUAUCUAUCUAUCUAUCUCAGUCUGUUCAUAUCUAUCUAUCUAUCUAUCUCAGUCUGUUCAUAUCUUCUAUCUAUCUAUCAGUCUGUUCAUAUCUAUCUAUCUAUCUAUCUCAGUCUGUUCAUAUCUAUCUCAGUCUGUUCAUAUCUAUCUAUCUAUCUAUCUCAGUCUGUUCAUAUCUAUCUCAGUCUGUUCAUAUCUAUCUAUCUCAGUCUGUUCAUAUCUAUCUAUCUCAUCUAUCUCAUCUGUUCUAUCUCAUCUAUCAUAUCUAUCUAUCUCAGUCUGUUCAUAUCUCUAUCUCAGUCUGUUCAUAUCUAUCUCAUCUCUGUUCUGUUCAUCUAUCUAUCUAUCUCAGUCUGUUCAUAUCUAUCUCAGUCUGUUCAUAUCUAUCUAUCUCAGUCUGUUCAUAUCUAUCUAUCUCAGUCUGUUCAUAUCUAUCUAUCUAUCUAUCUUGACACCACAGAUCACUUCUAUCUUACUUUAUUAUCACGCGGAACUUGUUUUACGUUUACACCGUCUAAACACACCGGUGGUCAGUCAAGCCGCUGGCAUAAGGUUUACACUGUUGAUGUCCACAAACAAAAAGACGGCCGUAGAAAGAAGAAGGUUCAAGAAAAGAUGACCUCUCCUGGGAUGGUAGAGGGCUUCAAUAUGCCCAUCAGUGUUGAUCAGUUAACCAGAGUCGUGAACUCCUUGGUGGAAGUGACAUCUGGAAAUACUAUCACUCCUUUAUCAGGCAACACACUUAUGUCGUCACCUACAGUUCCUGUUGUUGCUGCUGCUGCCACUGCCAGUGACAACCCUAACUCCAACGAUAAUUGUCUCUCUCAGGUGAUCCAAACACAAGCUUCAGGAAUUUUAGCUGGCAAUAAUAUGUCAUCUGUUCACAUCCCUGUGUCUCUCACGGCCCAGACUGUCUCUAUGGUUCCACUGAUGCUAUCCCUAAAUCUUGCCAAUCGAUCUCUAAUACCUGCUCCAGACAGAAAUUCCAUCGACCGAGCAUUUCUUCCAACAGGUGCUGUUAAUGACAAAAUCAACUCCAUUGUCUAUUCCUGUGCAAAUUCAUCCAUCAGUCAACAACUUUCAGCUCCAUCACCAAUAACUUUCCCAUCUGUAUCAAUGUCUGUGAUGCCAAAUGAAGUCGAUGACUGUUCAUCUCUUGCCAAUAUUGGCUCAUUGGAUUGUAUACAAAACCAAGCUACGUCCCAUCCUAACAACAUCCAACAAGUUUCCACAGUGACAUACUCAUCCCCAACAGAUAACCAAACAUCCGCUCAAGACCCCAACUCUUCCGAUGCUCUCAUUACUGCUGCUGUACAGGAAUCCUUACCAAAUUCUUCUUUGAUUGCUCCCGACCUUUCAACUCUUGCAGACCUCCGUCUUGGCAUUGGGGUUGUAUCCCAACCAGACACAUACACAUCUCUUCCAGAUUCUCUGCCUCCUCUUCUGCAAGUUGCCAAUCACUUUGGACAGGGUCAAACACAGAAAACUAAUGUUACAACUUGUGUUGCACAACCAUCAGAUGACAACCAAAUAUUAGCCGAUGCUUCAGGAUCAGUUGAAGAAUCCCAACCUGCAAACAGUCUUCAGCCAUUAUUGCAUCAACGGCCAGCAGAACUUUCAAGUUCUUUAGACUCUUUAGGUUUAAUAGCAGAGAAGGACAAUCAUAAUUUGGUCAAUUCUGCCAUGGUUCUUGAUGUUGCCAAUAUGUCUGUGAUUGAUAUGAUCCUCAAAGUUCAGCAUGCUGAGAACAAUAACAUCAGCAACCAUGUCAAAAGUCCAGAAUGUGAAGAGCUGGCCAAUGUCCAAAUAGAGGGAGAUAACUCUGCUGCUGUGUCUACUAAAACUCCUGAAAUUGCUUUGGAACAUUUUUGUCUUGAUUGCAAUGCUCAACUGAAAGAACCUUGCCAAAUUCAUAACAACGACUUCAGUGAAAUUUCUGACUCUCCAAUAAUAACACGUGCACGUAUAAGUCUUCCCUCUUUGCUUUAUUUGAAAAACACAUCUGCUCAAGGAUACAAUGAGGAGUUAGGAGUUUGGACAAAGGUAGCUAUUCCAAGGAAAAGUCGUUUUGGUCCAUUGACGGCAAAAGUAAAAAUGUGGGAAACAGUUCACAGAUCAAAGCAACCUUCGGAUGCACCAGACAAUCCACACAGGAGAACGCAAAUUUUCCUGUUAUGUCUGUCAGAAACAAUUUCGUCAGAAAGCCCACCUCAAAUCACAUAUGUUCACACACACAGGCGAGAAGAGCCUGAAAUGUCAAUUCUGUGA